AUGCUGAUGAUUAGGUAAGGGGCUCUCUUUUUAAUAAUGCAAGGAUGACUCGGUGUCAUUUGAAUGAAAUCAUCAAACCUUGAAUUAUUCAUCUCUCUGUUUCAGUCCCAGGAUGGCCUCAGGAAUGCAAGAGAAACAGUACACACCGUCUCUGCUGAGUUUUUUCAUUUAUAACCCCACAUUUGGACCUCGAGAAGGAGAGGUAGAGUUAAUUUCUGAAUCAGCACAUAUUUACCAGUUAAUCAGCUUUCCUUUCUAUCUGUUUUACUUACAUUGCUAAUUCUCCUUUUUCAGGAGGAGAAGAAGAUUUUAUUUUACCACCCUAGUGAUGUAGAGAAGAAUGAGAAGAUUCGAAAUGUGGGCCUCUGUGAAGCCAUUGUACAGUUCACCAGGUAAAGAGUUUGGCACUCGACCUGAAAAAUCCCCUUAAUUUUUACUGCCUUGGUGGAUUUGAGUGUUUGUUCGGCCUUUUUUGUAUAGAUUUAAAAGGCUUCUAACAUCAAAGUAUGAUUCUGGUAUUUGUCAAUUUGGCACUAACUUUAGAAGAGUUAAUUACCAGUUGAAAGUUUGGAAUAGUCUGUGUACUUUAUAACUUGAACUCAACCAAAGCACCUCUGUUGAAGUUCUUUCUUUGAUCCUCAGGCUUUCUGCCCACAAAGUCCAAAAACUGGUCUAAAUGCUGUGUGUUUUUUUUAACAUUGUCCAAGAUUCUUUGAAAUGCAGUAUGAAUAACUCUCCAAAUCAUGCCCUAGUUUGAGUAGUUAUGGUGUAGUAAUCCAAAAGAAACCUGUAAAUUUGAUGAAUAUGAAGAGAAUAUAGCAAAAUGACUUGAUAUUUUUGUGAGUCUGAUACAAAAGUAUAAAGGAACACAAAAUAGUUGUUCGAUCAGAUUGUUCAGGUGUGUCUCCUUUGUCUUCACGGUCUACAGGACAUUCUGCCCAACAAAACCAGCCAAAUCCCUGCACACACAAAAGAACCGACAGUUCUUCUUUGAGCCCGAGGACAACUUCUGGAUCGUCAUGGUAUCUUGACGGAUUAUGUGUACAUUACUUGCUCAGUAUUUAUUCUGUUUGUCUAGACUUUGUUGACUUUCCUUUAAGGCUGUAAUUAAGGCUUAUUUCACCUGCCGUAUCUAAUUCACAGGUGGUUCGAAACCCGAUGAUUGAGAAACCAAACAAAGAUGGAAAACCUCCCACAGUAGAAUACCAGGAAGAGGAAAUACUUGUAUGUCUUAAAAACUCUUAACAAAUCUGUGUUUCCUUUAUUUCUGUCAGUAAAGUCUGACUUUAUCAGCCUUUGUACAUCGACAGGACACAGUUUAUGGUGCAGUGGUGAGACAGUGCUACAGUAUGUACAAGGUAUGUUUGACUAAUUAACGUGUUAACUGGACACUGUUGUGUUUGUAUGAUUUAAAAAUCAUAUUUAAAAUGCUUUAAAGCCUUUUAACCUAAGUCUGUACAUUGCUUAAAUAUGUUGGGAUGUGUUUUCUCAAAUUUUCUUUGCUUUAUAUUUCAAGUUGAAUGUAAUUGCUUCUACUUUCAUUGCACUCGUUGGUGUUGCUUUUAAUGAUUAACAGAGUUCCUCAAAGGAGCUUUAAACGCCACUGUUUUAUAUAUUUUCUCUCUCCUGUUAAUCUAGUCAGCAAAACCCUGAACUAUUGAUGAUGCAGACUGGAAAAAAAAAUUUAGCUUGUGAAAAUGUAUCAAGAAAUGAUCACUGACUGUUUCACUGACCUCUGUUUUCUUUUCGCUAAAGCUCUUCAACGGCACGUUUGGCAGAGCGAUGGAAGCCGGUGGAGUCGAGCUGCUCAUUCAGAAACUUGAAAAAUUCUUCUACAGGGUAAAAAAAUAAAAUCUCAUGUAAUCAUAUAAUCAGCUCAUAAUAUAAGCCCAACUUCAAAAGAGUUGGAACCUGAUGUGAAAUGUUAGUAAAAACAUAAUUUGAUGGUUUGCACAUCAUUUAAAUGCCAUAGAGAAAAGUGUAAAGACAAUAUAUCGAAUCUUGAAAACAGAAAAUGUGGUUCAUGAAAAAUAUGUGCUCAGCUUGAUGAAAAAAAGUACGGCUGAGACAUGUACACCACUGUGUUGUAUCAUCUCCUCUGGCACUGACUUGUUGAAAUAUUCAAUGUAUCCCCUGAAAACAACAAAAAAGUCUGGAUGUUAUAUUUUUCAGUAUUAGUCUUCUCAGUCCUUGUGUGUAAGCUAACCAAACCAUCAGGGAUGCUGGCUUUUGACCUGCUUGCUUACACCACACUAACACACCCUCUCUUUGUAGAGUAGAGUGGAGCACUCAAUGUCCUGGAUUUCCAAAAAAAGAUUAUACAAUUUUGAUUUGUAUCUCUGAGUGUUGAAUCUCGUCCAACCUUUACCUCCGAGAGACUCUCUGUAACAUCCUUUUUAUACUCAGUCAUGUUUCUAACCUUUUGCAAAUUCACUUGUUGGUGUUGGGGAUGUUCUUUUUUUUUUUAGCACUGAACAACUGUUUAAAUAUUUUGUUCCCCCUGUCUCAACUUUUAUGAUACCUUUGUCUGAAAUUUAAAAUAUGCAUAUUUUUAUAAAAUAGUAAAAUUUUUCAUCGUUCCAACAUUUUAUGUGUCGCCUUUGCAGUAUUUACAUUUAAACAUGCGGUUUAAAUGAUUUGCCAGCCAUCAAAAUCUGCUCAUAAAUCGACCAGUUGACUGAGAUGUGGCUGGUUUUUGGCUCAAACAGCAUCAAACCCUCUGCAAAAGUAUUAAGUAUUCAUUCCUAAUCAGGGAAUGCCCUUCUAGAGUGAAUACAGGCUUUCCUCUCUACCAUGUAACCAGAGGACAGGUAGAAAGAGGGUUCGGUGUUGGUAUCAGAGGUUGGAUGUCAGUGCUUCCUUCAGGAUGAUGCAAGUGUCUCCACAAAGCAUCAGUCAAAGUUUCUUAUUCCUCUGACUCUAUAAACUCUGAGCUUACAUUAACUACUAUGUCUACUGUUUUUUUCUGUGUGUGUGCUCCUCCUGGAUCUCCAGUAUUUGCAGACCCUCCACUUGCAGUCGUGUGACCUGCUGGACGUAUUUGGAGGAAUCAGCUUCUUCCCACUGGACAAAAUGACCUACCUGAAGAUCCAGUCCUUCGUCAACAGAGUGGAGGAGAGUUUGAGUUUGAUCAAAUACACAGCCUUCCUCUACAACGACCAGCUCAUCUGGUACACGCUUACGACUUUCAUAUCAUGUGUUUGUCUUUGGAAGCCUCCUGUGGGUUUAAUGAUUUUGUGGCGACAUGUCGUCCUGCCGCACUUCAAUCCUUAUUUGACCCUCCAUGUUUUUCUCAGCCAUAUACAAGCACUGACAUUUACAGAAGCAUCAAGGCAAACUGGGCAAACAGAGGUGGCUUCAAACACGACCUGUAAUCCUCUUUGCAGUUAAUGUGCUCCCUGACAUGUCACCUGCCCCUUGGCUGGCUGUGCACACAUGGGGGGGGAUUAUGGGAUUGCUAAUGAAAUUACUCCGGAGCGGUUUAAUUAUUGUCCAAAUUAAGUGCCUGUAUUGUGUGCUCAUAACUCAUAAUCGAGUGUUUACAGCCACUGCCGGACAGUGAUCACUUAAUUUGAACACCCAACACGCUAAACAGCACUCUAAAAAUGCCGCCCUCAGCAGCGCAUGUGUGUUUUUGUGUUACGGUUAUGUUAUGUUUUGUGUUUUGUGUGGCGCGAAGUUCAAAAGGUGUAACUGUUAUUUUUAUGUGUCGGUUCGGUCUUGCAGGAGUGGACUAGAACAAGACGACAUGAGGAUCCUGUACAAGUACCUGACCACCUCGCUGUUCCCCAGACACUCAGAACCAGAGGUGAGGAGCUGGAAGUGCAGGAGAAACAGGAGAGAGGGGAGCUGGUGGAGGAAUGGGAGGUCAAAUGAGAACAUAAAAAACAAAACAGAGAAAAGAGGGCAUCAGGAGAGAAAACAAUUUUGAGGCACCUCAGUAUAAGUUUAGUUUUUAAGUUUUUAAUGAUGAUCUUGACAGCUAACUUUAUGACACGCUGUGAAUAUUUCUCUCAUGGCCUUUAAAGUAGUAGGUAAGUAACAACAGCAUUAAACAGUCUUUGAUCCUAGAGGACACAGGCAGCCAAUGUGGAGCUUUAAGAAUAGGGAUAUGUGAGUCCUCCUAUUAGCGGGGGUUAGAAUUCUCGCUGCAGAGUUUUGCACUAACUGAAGACGAGACAGCUCCUUUUUGUUCAGACAUGAAAACAAACUAUUACAGUAGUCUAAACGUGACGAAACAAAGGCAUGAAUGAUGAGCUCCAAGUCAUUUUGCAACACCAUUUUUUUAAGCUUAGAGAUUUUCCUCAGUUGAAAGAAGCAGUUUUUCAUCAACUGUUUACAUUCUGUUUACACUCUUAACAUUUAGAAUAGAAUAGAAUAGAAUAGAAUAGAAUAUUCCUAUAUUGAUCCCUCAUGGGGGAAAUUUUUUUGUCACAGCAGCAUCACAGACAAAGAGUGCAAAAAUGCAGUUAUAAAAAAAUAAGGAUCGUAAUAUUAAGAACUUAAAUAAAUGUAAUAAUUAAGAAAAAAAUUAGAAAAAGGGAGAAGAAAAAAUAAAACUAAAACUAUCUACAAUUUUCCUCCUCUAGUUGGCCGGCAGAGACUCUCCUCUGAGGCCGGAGGUUGCAGGGAACCUGUUGCACUACGGGAGGUAAGUAUUUUAUCCCGUGUAACUUUGUACCUACUUCAUAUGCAUAGAGAAGAAAAUAUAGUAGUAGAUUUUUUAUUAAUUAAAUAUCUGGGUGUGCUCAUCAGUGUUUACAAUUUCAGGCAUCACUUGGUUUAGACUGACUGACAUUAGUGAGGCUUAUUUGCAGUGAAUACAGUGAUAUAAGCAGGAAACUCCCUUGGCUAAUAGUUUUAGUGAGAAAGAGAGCAGGAGGUGGAGUAUGACGGCAGUCUCACGUUUGCAACACGUGUAAAAAGUGGACUGUGUUAUCUGUCUGGUAAAAAAACAGGAAGAACACCAUCAAGUCCAGUUGUGAUAAAAGGAUAUAAGACCACUGAUUCUUUUUGAGAUCCACGCCGUCAAAGAAACAAAUAUAAGACAGCGAUCUGCCUCCCAGUGCAAAAUGUUCCACUUAAUAUUAACUGGCAUCUUUGGAAUCCAGUGAUUAAUCAGCACAACAGUGAGGUCUUUGUUGAGCAUGAGGUCCCAUCCUGUGGAUCAGCCAUCAAAGAAAGGAAGGAGACGUAAACGAGCCCUGAUCCAUCUUUUUAUUUAUUUUAGGAUUAACAUGGAUAUUACAGUGAAAGUGAUGAUUGAGAUGUUUUUGUUUUUUUUUUUCAACAUUUCGUGCUCGAUUGCUCAUGAAUGAUUGUUUUCAAACUGUAAAGACUAAUAAACAAAACAAAACAGCUUUGAUUUAGGGAAACCAUGAAUUAACAUUUUGCUCUUAGUUUUAUACUUCCGUUUAGGGGGACUAUUAUAGUCCACUAUUGUAUUUGCUUUCACCUGCUUCUUUCAGUGGUUGAUAGUAGGGCUGGGCAAUAAACCAAAAAUUUACUGAUACCGAAAUUUACGACAUUAACCAACAUCAUUUUGCCCAUGUCAAUAUAUUUGGUGUCAAAAAAAUAAAUAAAUAAAAGUUGGUUUUGGAUGAAUGUAGGUAGGCUAUGGUCUCAUGUCCCUUUAAGACACUGUCCUACAUCAGAGACGUGACUCCACGCCAUCCAGUCCGUAACAAAGAGGGAAAGACAGGUGAGGAGAUGGAGGACGGUUCAAAAGUUGUAGUGGCUUGAACGGCGGCUGAAGUAGACAAAGUUAAUGUGGGAGGGGGUGAGCAGCUUGUGGAGUAGUUAUUGUCCAUUUAUUGUGAUCGAGGUGAACUGCUCAAUAUAUCGUGAUAUUGAUUUGAGGCCACAUCACCCAGCCCUAGUUGAUAGCCACACAGGGACCAGUAUCAGAACAGCUCUAUUUGUAGUCCAAAGUUGGUUCUCCAUCUUCAUCGAAGGCCAAAUCAUUUCUACAACUUAAUCCCAGGUUUGAGAUCCGCGCUGUAGGGGGUAUGCUAACAUCACUUAAACCGUCACUGGGCUGGACAGACUUUCUUUUGAAAGGCAAAUUAAAGAAGGCCUUGUUAAAUCAUUGACACUUGGGUUUUACUCUGGAUAUAAUUCAUCCUGGAUUAAGCAGUAGGUUUACAGGCCAUGUUGUUGUGUAUUUUAGACUCCGUUAUUCGCAAACACCCUCACUCUCCAAACAAAGUUAACUGCCCAGAUUCAGUGUAACACAUUGGGUUAUUUUUAAUAUCUAACUAAUGUUCCUGGCUUUGAGUAAGCCUCAACAGAACGCAGCAUCUGAAUGUUGUAUUUACAAAGCUGGUUAAAACUGGGUGAACUCCCUUCACAUCUGUGUAAUCUCUUAGCACUCACUAACAGCUGUUCUGAUUUCCGCUCCACUAGAUGGCUGCUGUACCAGGUACCAGGAUUUACUCAGAUUUUGGAAGAGCAGAUUUCCCAUAUUUUGGGACUUCGGCUUAAUGACAUUGUGUCCCUCAGAGAGGUCAAAGCUCUGACAGAAUCUGUAACAGAGGAGUACAAUUGCUAAACUGUUUAAUAGUAUGGGUCAGCUGUUUAUUAACAAAGGUUUCACAAGUUUUUAAUGUAGCUUGUUUGUCUUUUUAAAUAUUUUCUUAAUAAUAAACAGGAAUGAGUGAACAUGAAAUCUAUUAAUUAAUAGAGGAAAAACUUGUCAUCUUUUUCACAAUCUUUACUCCAACACCACCAUCAGGACCAACUUUAAAAUCUCAGUUUCAUCAUAUUUUAAGCUAUUUUUUUCACAGCAUUUCCAGCAUCACAUCCUUGCAUAUCUGUAAGCCUGCUUUGUAAAGAUCUCUCAGAUGAAGAUUUUUACGUUUGACUAACAUUCUCCCUUUAUUUACCCAACUCCUCAUUGUUCAAUUUUUUUCAGAUUUUUGACAGGACCGACCAACCUCAAAGAUCCAGAGGCCAAAUUCAGAUUUCCCAAAAUAUUUGUCAGUGCGGAGGAUGGCUACGAGGAACUACAUCUGAUUGUUUAUAAGGUAAAACUGAAAUAAAUGUGCCGUUUUGGGACGGAGUACAAACUCAGUCGAUCCUCUUCAAGAAGUUAUUUAUGCAACAAAACAGGGAAGAACGAUUGUAAUUCAUUUACUGGAUGCUUAAAAUGACCUGCAACCACAGGAUUUGUGGAUGAACAGUCUAUUUAAGAAGUCAUAUUCCACUGCCGGAUGAAAUGAUUCAGAUUUUGAGGGAUUAAACAGCUGAAUUUUAACAUGAUGAACCAGCUCCCAAAAUAUCAACCAUCACAGUAAUGUCAUUUCUGACCUGCAUGAUCUUGAUUCUGCAUAUAAACUGCUCUGAUCUGAUCUCUCCCAGGCAAUGAGCGCUGCAGCUUGUUUUAUGAUCAAUGGUAAGUGAGCACCACGGAUGAUUUUAUUCAAAUACAGCUUGAUUAUUUUUCUUUUCCACCUGGUGUUUUGACAGUUGUAAGGCUCGUAUAAGUCUGAAAUCAGCCUCUUUUGUCUCCUUGGUCUCUCUCCAGCCUCUGUGGAGCUGACGAGGGACUUCUGUGAGCAGUUGGACAGCUUGGUGGGCCCUCAGCUUACCCUGCUGGCAUCUGACAUCUGUGAACAGUUUACCAUAAACCGCAGGAUAUCAGGGUCAGUACAGAGAAUCCACCUCACCUUUAAAGGCCCUUUCAGGAUCUCAUAAUAAGAAAAAGGCUGGAAUUAAAAUUGAUGCCUUUAAAUUUAUAUUUGACCAUUACCAGAAAGACAUAGGACAUUUUAUCAUAAAAACAGAAACUGCACUUAUAGGACAAAAUCACCAAAGAGUUUGGAAGCACUAAUCUAUUCACAAAACCAACAAUCAACCAAAAGUUGUUUUCAAAAGUGCUCUAAAUGGAAAGACCAAAUAAUGUCAUCUUCAUAGUUUCAAUUGUUGUCCGUUUGUUAAGCUGAUGAAAAGACAACAAUUUAAAGAUUGAUCACCUUUUUAAUUAUUUGAUUGUUUCCUGUUUGAGGCAAGACCAGAAAUAUGAAAUUAAAAAUUUAAAGCUCCUUUAAGGACAUUUUAGUGUUUGUUGAUUUUGCUGCCCCUUAUGUGUAAGAAAUGUUAUUAAGCGAAAAUCUCAUUCUACCAUCUGUGGAUUUCAUCUGUACCCAGGACUGAUAAUCUCAGUGAUGUAAAAACGUGUCGUUAAUCUGUUUGUCUGACAUCCACCCCGCAGCAGAGGUUUGACAGGCAUCGAAAAUUACUAUCUAGAGACAAUCUGUUGUCCUCUGGGUGGCUUUGUUUGCUUUUGCAGCUCAUAAAGAAGCGUUGGUAUGAUUUUUGGAUUUAUUACCAACUAAAAAAUAUCUCCUUUGAGAUUUGCAUCACUAAAACGACACAAAUGUCAUCAGUGAAAUAGUUUGGUUGAUCUGGUCAUUGAAAGAAAAAUAACUAAAGCUGUUUUUUUUAACCUAUUCUGCCUAAUAUUAUUAAUGUAUAAUAUAUUAUUUUGCAGAUAAAAAUGCCAAAUUUUACCCAUUUCCCUUUUUUACAUUUUUUUUAUGUGUGUGUUUUCGUGCCAGAUUUAUUUUAAGUGGCAUUCUUAUGUUUUAAAAGGCCAACUCACUAGUCUGUUGAAAGAUAAUAUCAACAAAUGAAUCCAUCAUGGUUUGUCUGUUUAGCCCAGUUGGUACAGCAGAGUCCCUUCAAACAGAGGUUAAGUCCCGGAGUCAUCAGCAGCAGCAGGCGUGACUCUUGGCCAAGAUUUUCAGACUCUUUAAGAAAGUUUGAAAGAGCCAGAGUAAAUGCUGCAAGACAAAAUCAAGGAGACAAAAUCUCUGUACUCUUUAGUCGUUUGUCAUCAGUUUUCUGUCAGUCCUUUGUGUAAACUCUGCCCGGCAGGCAACGGCACAUGAAGCUCUGAUAGCACUGGAUAUCAUAGGGGCACUACUUAGGUGUAACUCAAGCAGUGCAGCUUCACAGGCUCAGACUGGCAUCCUGGCCCGCUCUCCUUUAACCCCUGCAGUUUGCUGCAGAGACGUCCACGUCUGUAACCCAAGACCGGACUCCCCAGCCCAGACAAUGUGAUGGGCUUCUUUUUAAUCACUCUGCUGAAGAAUCCUAUGAAUAAAUAAUGCCGUCCCAGAAUCCUCUGCUGACAUUCAGAUCUGUGUCCUUAUUUUGCCUGCAGUAAUGUGUGAAAAUAAGAGGCUGCAUGAGUAGAAAUCAGCGUACAUGAACACAUUCCUCUUGCCAUUACUGCGCUGGUGUUUUGGUCAGUUGUCUUAAUCAUACUGUUCUGUGACAUGUUAGGGCAGCAUACGUCCUUGUAGACUUGUGAACUGAUGGAAAUGAUUGAAAGUGAGGAAAUAUCUUUCCAAUCUGUGUCUGCUCAGGCCUGAAAAGGAGCCCCAGUUUAAGUUUAUCUACUUCAACCACAUGAACCUGGCAGAGAAGAGCACCAUCCACAUGAGGAAGACUGCCAGCGUCUGCCUCACCUCCGUCCAUCCCGACCUCAUGAAGAUCUUGGGAGACAUCAACUGUGACUUCGCCAGGUGCAGCAACGAGUACAGACUUUAACUGUGUUUAUCUUCACCAUAUUAUUCAAGAGUUUUCACUGGGAAUGACUGCAGAUCAACAUAGUGGCAUCAAAAGACAAACUUUUUACAGUCGAAAGCUUUUAUGAAAAAGUAAACACUCAUGUUUAGACAUAAGCAUGAGAAAGUCAUAAUAUCAAUAUAUAGAGAAAAAACUUGUGAUUUUUAUGGGAAAGGGUCAUUGCCUUGAUGUAGCAUCCCGACAACUAUGAGAGAUAAAGUCAGAUUUAUGACUACGGUCCUGAUCACGACAUAAAGGUAAUAAUUCUUCAACAAAACCGUUACCGAAUUUCCCCUCGUGGAUAAAUAAAGUUGUUCUUAUCUUAUUUUAUCUUAUUAAGGGAUAGGGUUUCAACAUAUGAGAUAAAAAGAUAUAAAUGUCUAAAAAAAAUCAUGAUUUCAGAUAAAGUAAAAUAAAGACCAAAAGUUAGAUCAGAAGUGACCAAGAUGAGACGAAAAGUAAGCUAAGGAAUUUCUGUCAAAUUGUGAGGGACAAAAAGUCGUACAAAAUAAGAGAAAAAUCAAAUUACUGAGAUAAAAAGAAGAAAAAAAUAUGACUAAAAGUCAAUGCUAAGAUAAAAAGUGAUAAUUAGGACACAAAAUUAAAACAUUUUAGUCCGAACUGAGAUUAAAAACUAAAGAAUGUUAAAUAAAAACUCAUUAUUUUAGAAUCACAAGUCAAAGAAAUAAAAAUUGAGGAAAAAAAAAGGUCUAUCUUUUUUUCAGAAACUUUGACUAUCAUUUCAUAGUUAUGACCCCCAGUUUAUUACACCAUACUUUUCCCCCCAUAGAUUUAACUUACAAUCUCAUGGGAGGACUAAUUAUCUAAAAUUCAUCUUUUACUUUUAAUUCUAUAUUUCAACUUUUUCUCACCAAUUUGACUCAAAAAUAGCAAUUUUUUUAAUCACAAAGCCUGAGUAAUCACCUCUCUUGCUUCGACUCUGGCUCUACAGGGCUUCCAUGAGUGGACAAAACUGAAUCUGUGUUAGAUCUGCAAACCCUUUCUCACAUAAUUGGAUCUUAUCUACAUCAUUUCAUUGAGUAAUGUGAUGCCCUGGUAUCCCUGUAAACUCAUUUUCUAUUUAGUCAUGAGACUGUAGUCAUCAUGUGAUGGCUCCACUGUCAGUCUGCUGGGCAUGCUGUGGUCAUAGUAUUUGUUCCAGUUUUAGUAUUAGUUCUUCUUUCAAGCAGCUGCUGCCCUUUUCUCAAAAACACACUCAGUGUUAGAUGUGUGAAUUAAGGUGUUUUAAUGUGGAAUUGUUGAUCGCUUUCCACAUAAAGUGAGAGUAUUUUUGACCAAACCUUAAAAAGUCAAUCAAACUUUUUGGGUGACGUUUUAGAGAGAGUAAAUAAAAUACUGUCACAGUUACUUUAUAAAGUAAAGUGGCUCUGAAACAAACAGUUGUAUGUGAGCUAGUUAAUCUUUUUGAUGGUGCUUACUUGUCAAUGUCUGUCUCCUAGGGUGGAUGAAGAUGAAGAAAUCAUUGUCAAAGCAAUGACAGACUACUGGGUAGUCGGCAAGAAAUCAGACCAGAGAGAACUCUAUGUGAUCCUGAAUCAGAAGAAUGCAAAUCUAAUUGAAGUAAAUGGUAAGUCCUUACCACCUCGACGUAAGAAAACCAUGUCGUAAUGACUGCAGACAUUCUUCCUUAAUGCGUAAUCUGCAUGCCAUCCUUAAAGCCCUUUUGUCUUUUUUCCUGCUACAGAGGAGGUUAAGAGGCUUUGUGCAACACAGUUCAACAACAUCUUCUUCUUGGACUAA